GCUGUAUCUGAUGAAGCAAGAGCUGCAGCGAGAGAUGAUGUCUUCUUCCUCUGAGCGGGAAUUUCGAGAGCGGUCCCUGAAGAUGACGAAUGAGCUGGAGCCUGGAGAUGAGGAGCUGAGCCGCCUGAAGGAGGAGAAGGAGAGGCUCCGCUCCCUGACCUUCAGCCUGGUGGGUCCUGGUGCCUCCGAGGUUCAGCUUCCUUCCCUGGUGGCCAGCGGGGAGUCUCUGCUAGUGGCUUUGCUGAAGGAGCAGCCUGAAGCUGCCGAAAUGAGAAUGAAGCAGCACUGGGAAGAGAAGGAGCAGACCCUACUCCAGUUCCAGCAAACCAAGGUGGACUGCGAAAUCUACACGGAGAAGAUGAACGUCCUGCAGAGCCAAGUGGUCGAGCUGCAGAAGAUGUGGGACCAGGCCUACUCAGCAAGGGAUGGAUCCCAGAUGGAGAUUUCUCAGAACCUGGCAGAGAAGGACGCACUCCGCAGGAAGGUGUUUGAGCUGACAGACCAGGUCUGCGAACUGCGCCAGCAGGUCCACAAGGGCCCGCUGAGUCGCUGCCAGGGUGAGCUCUCCCUACCCGAGGGUGGGGCCAGGGGGGGAUGCAGGGUGUGCUCGGGGUGGGACCCAGCCGACCGCACGGGCCCUGCUGGCACCACCGGAUUCAGCUCCAUCCGCCACACUGGCUCCCAUGAGCAGACCGUGUGGUCAGAGGUUGAACUCCAGCUCCACGGCACCCUGGUGGGUGGGCGAGACUCUUCAGAGGUGCCCUGGGACCUGGCCUGUCUGGGUCUUUGGCAGCCCAAGCAGGAGGCGGGAGCCAGGGAGCCCUGUCCAAAGAGGAAGCAGUGGCUGGUGUGCAUGUUUGCCCUCUACCCGUGGGACGACAGCGACGGCAGUUCCUCUGAGCUCUGGUCUGACCUGAGCGCCACAUCCAGCCAAGAGCUGGUGGAUAGCUUCCACUCCAGCAGCCCUGUGCCUCCCAGCCAGCAGUCCCUGUAUGAGCGGGCCACAGAGGACUUCUGGGAAGACCCCUUGUCUUUCAGUGGCUGCCCCAAAACCCUGGAGGUGGACCAAGGAGGCUCCCUGGACCUCCCUGAGUUCAAGAACAGCCUGCAGCUGUCUAAUGGGGGCCUCCACCUCUCCGCCAGUGGCCCAACCUCUUGCUCUAGGAUGCAUGACCUCUGUCCCCUCCCUUUCUGCAGCAGUGUCCCAGUGAGGCGGAGGCCAGCCUGCAGGAUCCUGAGCCAGGUCACAGUGCUGGCCUUCCAGGGGGACGCGCUGCUGGAGCAGAUAAGCGUUAUUGGCGGGAACCUCACGGGCAUCUACAUUCAUCUCACCCCAGGCUCCGUGGCAGACGAGAUGGCCUUGUGCCCCAGCACCCAGAUUGUGAUGGUGGAUUACGAGGCAACAGAGCCCUUGUCCAAGGCUGUCCCGGAGGGCAUGACCCUGGAUCAGGCCGUCAGACUUCUCCAGAGGGCGAACGGCUUCUGCUGUCUGUCUGUGAAGGCCAACAUGGAGGGUUAUAAGAAGCUGGUCCAGGACCUAAAGGCCAUAGUGGCCACAUCAGGGGACUCCUUCUACAUCCGGGUCAAACUUGCCCUGGAGAGGCAGGCAGAGGGAGAGCUGCAGGUGCACUGCAACGACAUCCUGCACAUCACAGACACCCUGUUCCAGGGCGGCAGCCGCUGGCACGCCCACCGUGUUGGCCCCUACAGCACCAAGGGCACCGAACAGGGCACCAUCCCCAGCUAUGCACAGGCUCAGCAGCUGCUCAUCGCCCUCAUCCAGGACAUGGCUCAUCAGAGCGCCAUGGCCCGCAAGCAGCCUUCUGGGGGAGCCCAGAAGCUGGUCCACAUCGUCAGUAUAGACAGAACCAAGGCCAGCCCUCUGUGGUCAUCCUUUGACGGGGGCUAGUCGGACCCAAGCCAGGUAGAUGGGGUCACUGUCCGUGUCCUGCACAAGAUGGAGAUCUUCCCCAUCAUUAUCCACAUCUCCAUCAAUGAGAAGGUGGCAAAGAAAUUCAAGAAGGCCCUGCAGCGGCUUGGCACCGCAGAGGACCAGCUCCUGGAGGCUGCCAGGCAAGAGGAGGGUGGGCUGGAUGAAGUGCCCUGUCUGGACAGCAGCCUGGCCCCCGACAGCUGGAGCGACCUGCAUGCCCUGCUCGGCUGUGUCUGCCUGGCCAUUGCAGAUCAGCAGAAGAAGGUUGUGUGGACAGAGUAG